AUGCCGCGCCUGGGGAAAUUUCGGGGGACUUUACCUCCGCAGCAUGGGCCUCCGCUGAUAAUACAUCCCGGCGCGCCUCGUCCACCAGAGCCGUAUCUGCCGCUCGAGAGUGCAGUAAUCCUCGCGGUUCUCUGUCUGUUGAUAUUUCUGUUCAACAUCAAGUUCUACAUUCGACGGACGAGAUGCGCAGCCGUAGCUUUCACAUGGCGGCAUAAGUGGCUAGGCUACUUGGGUCUCUGGAGCAGCAGUUGUUGCGUGGUUGCCUCCCUCUGGCCAUCACGACGAACCCGUCUGGAUGACUGGACGAGAAUUCUGGUAGGGACUGUCUGGCUGUUCCUAUGCGUAAGCCGCAUCAUCUAUUUGAUAUCCCCAACACAGCGUCGGAUUGCCUACAGGAAUGCAGUGUUGCUGGGCACUUCACUUUUUCUGGCGGCAAUCGUACCCCGCUAUCUCUACCCUUCGAUUUGGAUGUCUGGGCCUCCAGGGCCUGAUGGUCCUCCUCGAUUUCCCUCACUGCCUCCUCGCCAUUGUCCUCCAGGAUCGCAUGGCUUUCCAGGCCCUCCGCCUCAUGGUCCUCCUCACGGGCCUCCUCACGGACCUCCCCAUGGGCCUCCUCCUGGCCCGCAUGACUUCUCUCCUCUGUUUACUCCUCGAGGGAUUCUCGAAGUAUUCUCUGCUUGUGUGUGCACAGUUAUCAUCCCUCUAUUAACCCCAUAUCAUCAUCCAAUCACCGAACAGUAUCCUCACCCUUCAGAGACAUGCUCCCCUGUGUCGCGAUGGUGGCUCUAUUCCUGGAUCAGUCCUCUAGUGAAGAAGAGCUAUGCUCAUGGCGGAAAUUUGGAUUCUGAAGACAUCUUGCCUAUCCACCCUCAAAGCUCUCCGGAGAAGUGGCUAGAAAACUACGUCGAACUUCGCCAAAAAGGCGGCUCAUUCCGCACGGCUAUGUGGAGGCUUUUUCGUCCCCGCCUUGCUAUAACAGCACUCUUCAUGAUUCUUUGCGGGUUCUUCGAAUUCAUCGGUACCUGGGGCCUCCAGCAACUACUUCUCUUCUUCCAGGGCUCUCGAGAAGUGAAAAUUGCCCCAUGGUUUUCUGUAUUACUCUUUGGCAUAUGCCCGAUUCUCCGUGGUCUAUGCAUGCAGACGUUCGAGUAUUUCGCCACGCAUACGAUCGGUCACUGGAAAGCACUUAUCAUCUCCGCCGUGUAUCAAAGAUUGCUCCAGUUUCCUCCAGGUGAAAACAUCGACGUAGGUCAGCUACAAAAUAACAUUUCUGGAGAUAUCGACCGACUUGGCACUCUACGCUACACAGUUAUGACCAUAUUCAUGGUGCCAGUUGAGCUUUCCGUGGCAUCGGUAAUGCUAUAUAGGACCAUUGGAUGGUCCUACAUACCAAGUCUUGUGUUUCUGAUCGCCACCAGACAUCCGUUGUCAAAAUUCAUCGUGCAGGCACAGGGUGCGGCUCAGUCGAAAAUUUUGCAGGCAACAGAUGGACGAGUGGCACAAAUAAGUGAAGCUAUACGAUACAUGGCGACGAUAAAGAUGCUUGGGCGCGCGCAGGCUUUUGUCACGGGGAUUCUUGACAAGAGAGCUAAGGAGCUAAAAGCGCUGUGGAAGAAAGCAGAAAUAAUAGUGACUUCGGAAGCUAUCUCGACGGCCUGCACAUUCGUGGCACUUGUUCUAUGCCUGUGUCUGUACACGACAGUCUCGAAGGAACGUCUCGAAGCCGAUGUCGCCUUCACUGUGAUAGCCAUAUUCAACAUAAUCAAAAGCAUGCUCUCGCUAGCUGUUCUUGGGACCGGACAAUAUGCGCAAGCGGCAGUGAGCUACAACAGACUAUGUGAAUUUCUAGAUCACGAAGAUCUUCCAGCAGGUUCACUCUAUCCCACAUCAACAAACUGGUCUAGGAAUAGUAUCGGUUUCCAGGGAGCGGGAUUCGGUGUCCUUAAUGCGGAUGGAUCGUCUCGGAUGCUCUUAAGAGACUUGAACGUCCAGUUUGUCAGGAGAGGGCUAAACGUCAUUAGCGGUCCACUGGGAUGUGGAAAGAGUCUCCUUCUACAGUCUCUUUUGUCCGAGCAACGGCAGUAUGAGGGUACCGUGAGAUUACGAGACGCACCAUUUGAGCCUGUUGCCUAUGCUUCCCAGAAUCCCUGGUUUCAAAAUGGUACCAUUCGGGACAAUAUUCUGUUUGGGUCCCCGCUCAUCAGAGAGCGGUACAAGCAAGUUCUGAAGAUGUGCGCUUUAGAGCUAGAUCUGGCUGAGUUUGAAGAAGGCGAUCUGAAAGAUGUUGGAGGAGCCGGCAGCGCACUCUCGGGCGGACAACGGCAACGCAUUGCACUGGCUCGUGCGCUAUACUCCAGUGCAAACACCGUCAUCCUCGACGAUGUGUUGUCCGCUCUAGACUCGGCUACAGCUACGUUCAUAGUCGAUAAUUGCAUUUUGGGUCCGUUGAUGAAGGAUCGGACAUUGAUCCUGGUCACCGAUGACGCAAAAUGUCUCGAGAAAGCUCACUUAAUAGUUCGUAUGGACGACGGAACUAUCCAGGAGAUCAUCAGGAAGACAGAGAACGACCUCAGCAUCAGUGAUCGCGCGGAGCCCGCUACCCUAACGCUGGCCGUCCCUGGUACUCCCGAGACGCCUCCCAGACCUAUAGGAACUCCUGCUGAAAACGCCAUUGAGUUGACCAGUCCGAGAAAUACCGACAGUGGAAAGCAAACCCCACUCAUCCUUGACAGUAGUCGUCGCGGCCUACUGGGAACGGCUUACGUUUUCAAAUACAUACGGUCUUUGGGCCGUUGGCCCUUUGUCCUUUUAACUUUCAUAACUAUGAUGGUCGCGCAAGCCAUGGAUGUCGUCCUUCCUGGAUGGCUUUCUUAUUGGACCCUUGCGACGUUCUGUGCUCCGCCUGGCACCUCUGCCGGCUUCUACCUUGGGAUUUUUAGCGGUCUGGGUGCUGCUCAGCUCGCUCUCUUGGCCGCUUCUCUCUUGCUCCUGUACAGAGGUGCCUUGAGGGUAAGCCGCGAUAAACACGUCAAGCUGCUUGCUACGGUCUUUGGUGCAUCGUACACAUGGAUCGUGAAUACACCAGCUGGUGAAGUGAUCAAUCGUUUCUCCACCGACAUGACGAGUCUGGAUGAUACGCUGAUGAGAUCCUUGCGACCUGUCUUGGAAACGUACUUGUCCAUCGGAUUACGAAUUCUGACCGUGGCUUCGAUGGUGCCCAUCUUCGUGUUUCCAGCUGUCGUACUCACUGGACUAGGGAUCUAUACGGGGUACCGGUACCGAUUUGCAUCCACAGCAGUAAAGAGACUGUACGCUGCCAGUCUGUCACCUCUCCAUCACAGCAUUGCGGAAACUGCCUCGGGGCUCGUCACUAUCCGCGCGUACCGUGCAGAGAGGACCCUACAGGACCGGUUCAUCGGUCAAGUUGAAUACCAUGUUCGAUCGUGGGAGGCUGUCAGCGACUUGCAGCGGUGGCUAGCUGUCCGAAUGGAUCUAUAUGCCUCGCUGAUCUGCUUUUCAGCCGCCGUGUUAGCGUACCUGCGACCGGGGCUAAACCCAUCCUUCAUGGGUCUGGGACUAACACUGACCACAGGGCUGUGCACCUCUCUUAUGUACCUGGUAUAUCUUUCAAGUCUACUUGAAGUGGAGAUGAACAGCGUACAGCGCAUCGACGAGUACAUUGAAGACGUGCCACGAGACCCCGGCGAGACUUCCCCAGACGAUGCAAUUCCCGACGACUGGCCCACCCAGGGCAACGUCGAUGUUCAGCAUCUCACCGUGGGUUACUCGCUCGACAGCAAGGAGGUGCUUGGAGACGUCAGCUUCCAUGCGCCUCCAGGCACACGCGUGGCCGUAGUGGGACGGACGGGUAGCGGGAAGAGUUCGCUCGCAUUAAGCUUACUGCGACUAACGACCCAGUUCUCGGGCACCAUCCGCAUCGACGAUGUUGAUAUCUCAUCUCUGCCCGCCGAACGGGUGCGACAGCGAAUCAGCCUGAUCCCACAGGAUCCCACCUUGUUCAACGGCUCUAUCCGGUUCAAUCUGGAUCUCAGCGGGACCGUCUCUGAUGAGCAUCUUCAGUCGGUCCUGGACGCGGUCGUAGGCACGCACCAGUGGACGCUCGACGAUAUGGUAGAGUUGAACGGACAAAAUUUCUCACAAGGUGAGCGACAGCUGAUUGCUCUGGCGCGCGCGGCGGUCAAUCGUAGCAAGGUCGUCAUCAUCGACGAAGCGACAGCCAGUCUCGACCAGGCCAGCGAAGCGCGCAUCCAAACGGUCCUUCGCGACCAGUUCCGUGACUGCACCAUCCUGGCCAUAGCGCACCGCUUGGACAGCAUCGUAGAUUUUGAUCAGGUCCUGGUGUUGGAUCACGGUCGUGUGGCGCAGCGCGGGCAUCCACAAACCUUGAUCGAGAGGGAAGAAGGCUUGUUCUACGAGGCGUACGCGCAACAGGCCCGCCGGACGGCGUGA